AUACGGCGAUGUUCUGAACUUGUGUCAUCAUUUAAAGGGAAACUUUCACAAUGUUUGGAGCCCUUGAUGUCCUGCAAAUGAAGGAAGAGGAUAUCCUCAAGUUCUUUGCAGCAGGAACCCACUUAGGUGUCACCAACUUUGACUUACAAAUAGAACAGUACAUCUACAAAAGGAAAAGUGGUGGCAUCCACGUCAUAAAUCUGAAGAGGGCCUGGGAGAAGCUUCUGCUGGCAGCUCGUGUCAUUGUUGCCAUUGAAAAACCAAAAAGAAAAGAAAAACCAGUUGACAUAAAUGUCAUAUCCUUCAGGAAUGCUGGCCAGCGAGCUGUGCUGAAGGUUGCUGUUGUCACCGGAGCCACUUUUAUUGCUGGCCACUUCACUCCUGGCACCUUCACUAACCAGAUCCAGGCAGCCUUCUGGGAGUUGUGUCUUCUGGUGGUUACUGAACGUGGGGCUGACCACCAGCCUUUCACAGAGGUGUGUUACAUUAACCUGCCUACUAUUGUUCUGUGUAACACAGAUUCUCCUCUGCAUUAUGUGGACAUUGCCAUCCCAUGCAGCAGCAAGAGAGCUCACUCAGCGGGUCUGAUGUGGUGGAUGCUGACUUGGGAAGUUCUGCGCAUGCAUGGCACCAUCUCCCGUGAACACCCGUGGGAGGUCAUGUCUAAUCUCUAAUUCUGCAGAAAUCCUGAAGAGAUUGAAAAGGAAGAGUAGGCUGUUGCUGAAAAAGCUGUGACCAAGGAGGAAUUUCAGGGUUAAUAGACUGCUCCAGCUCCUGAGUUCACUGCUACUCAGUCUGAGGUUGCAGACUGGUCUGAAGGCAUGCAAGUGCCCUCUGUGCCUGCCUGUUCAUUCAGCAUUUCCCUACUGAAGACUGGUGAGCUCAGU